UAUUUUUUUUUUUUUUUUGUUGUUUUCCAGAAUGAACACCAAGAUUGCCGUUCUUGCGCUCCUUGCCGUCCUCGCCGUCGCUGCCUCUGCCGCCCCCGUGUCGCAGACCAAGUACCUCGAGUACUUUGAGGAUUGGGAUGCUCCCAACCGCCUCGGUGCCUCCUGGACCAGCUGCGGCGGCGCCAACGACAAGUUCAAGAUCUCGUCCGUCGUUGUCACCCCCGAGCCCAUCGUCAAGGGCGGCGACCUCAAGGUCACCUUCAACGGCGUUCUUGCCUCGAACGUCACUGCCGGCGAGAUGAACCUCUCCAUGAAGUGGGGCUUCCUCACCGUCCUCACCCAGACUGUCGACGUUUGCACUGUUGAUCCCACCGCCCCCUGCCCUCUUGCUGCCGGCCAGCUCAGCAUCUCGUCCGUCUCCGCCAUCCCCGCCAGCACCCCCUCUGGCACCUACACUGCCACCAUCAAGGUCACCGACCAGACCAAGACCCAGAUCUCCUGCGUCACCCUCAACCUCUCCAUCUAAGCGAGUUGCGUGAGGAGCAGUCUUGUUUCGCAUGGUCCAUCUCUUCCUGUUCGUUGUAGCUCUGUGUUUGGUGCAGACCGCAGCUUUUGCGUGUUUUGUGCUAGAGCGAGUGAAGGUGCGCGGCGCUGAGGGUGGGCUCACCAUGUGCUUACUUGCGGUGUCAAUUGUUUGAAGCAUUUUAAAAAAUCGUAGAAAAACCAAAAAGUCACACACACACCUCUAGUCGCUACAAUGAAUGUCUGCUUUGCAGAUAGCUUUUAGACAAAUACUCGUUGUUGGAUGUUAACAUGCACUAACAACAGCACAAAAGCAUUUUCAGG